AUGUAUGCACUUGGGAAUAGCCCAGAGUCUUCGCGGCAGACCAGUCCUGUGUCGCGAGAUCAUAACCCACGGAAGCGUGGUAGGACCGCGUGCACUCGAUGCAAGACACGGAAGCAGAGAUGCGACAAUGAAUAUCCGACCUGCUCCAACUGCCUGAAGGCGGGGGUCGCGUGCGACAAGUCCAGCGUGCGAGAGGACAGUGACCGUCAGAAUGACUAUACCCGCGUUCUAGAAGAAAGAGUGGCAUUCUUGGAGCGCAAGCUUAAUCAGUCCGAGCCAGCUAUCCCAGAUCCAAAUGCUGCGGGCACGACUGCUGCACCCUCCCUGUUCUCCCCGCAAGGGAGCCAUCCAACACCACAGACAGCUACUUCCGGGCUUGACAAUAACCCCGUUGGGGAAAUUGUAGGUCUGCUUGCCCUGAGCUCCUCUGAAGCCCCGGCCUACAUAGGAGCCAGCUCGGGGUUUUCUCUCGCCAACAAUUUAGGAGAGAUGGUGCAAACGAGUGUUUGGAACCAAUUUAUCUCAAGAAUGCAACCAAAUCAAUCGAACUCAAAUACUAGCAGUAAUACUUCUCAAAACACGACGGCUCGAGUUCAUGGACCCUCCGAGCAGCCAUCCGCUCCUCGAAUUCGAGAUCAGCUCUUGCCAGCAAAUAUCGAGCCACCUACAGAUGAAAUGGGAGCACGAAUUUUGGACACUUACUUCACCCGACUCCAUUCAAGAUACCCAUUUGUCAACCAGAAACAAGUCUGGAAAAUCCACGAAGAUCGAUGGCGAUUGGCUAAGACGAAGCGUGAAGACCUUACCAAGGCUGAUCGAUUCGCUAUUUUCAAACUCAAUAUGAUAUAUGCCAUUGGGGCAACAAUGCUUCAGUUGAGUGAAAAAUAUGCAUACACAGCACCUGAUCGCUAUUAUAGCACUGCCCUGCAACAUGUUCACUCAAUGUGCGAAGCGAGAUCUAUUGAGAACAUCGAGGCUAUGGUUCUACUUGUAGUGUACCACCUCAGGACCGCAUCCAGUCACGGCAUGUGGUAUAUGAUUGGACUUGCAAUGCGUACUGCCAUCGACCUCGGCCUUCACCGAAAGGCAAAUGAGAUCAACAUGGACCCAUUCACAACACAGAUGCGCCGAAGGUUGUUCUGGACAGUGUAUUACCUCGAAAGAGUGGUUUCAAUGUCUCUCGGUCGGCCAUUCAGCAUCUCUGAUCGCCACAUUGAUCUUGACUUACCACUGGACGUCGAUGAUGACGUUGAAGAUCCGACAACACUGGCAACUCCCCAAGACCCAAAUAAAACCACCUCCCUCACAUUUGCAAUCUACCUAUUCAAGCUCCGCCGCAUUGAUUCACGCAUCCAGCACAAAAUCUAUCGUGCUGACAGACCUUUAUCUUCUCUCCGACCAAAAAUGGACCCUUUGUAUCUCGAACUUGAAGAAUGGAAAGAAUCAGCCCUACUUCGAUUCAGAGGUCCAGAUCUUGACUAUCCAAUGCUCCAUUACAACCGAGCCGUAAGGCUCCUAAUCCAACCCUUCCUCCCUCUCCUCCCAAUCACCGAUCCGUACUACCACAUCUGCCUCCGCGCCGCAGGAAACAUCUGCCAAUCUCACAAACGUCUCCACCAAACCUUAGAAUAUGGUCACUCCUUCCUUGCCGUGCAAACAGUCUUCAUGGCAGGGAUAACACUCCUCUACGCUUUAUGGACACACACAGACCAAGUCUGGUCCGUCCGCAUGAGCAACGACAUCCGCGCCUGCUCAACGGUACUAUUCGUAAUGGGCGAACGUGCAGCAUGGGUGAAGAAAUAUCGCGAUGCUUUCGAACUACUUGUCAACGCCGCCAUGGAGAAAUUACAGGGCAAUGAAACAGCUCGCAAUGCUGGGAUGGCUGAGUUGAUGACUGCGCAGUAUGGCAUCAAUUGGAAUACUACUCUCCCUGGCAUGUCUGGCAGUGAAAAGUUCCCGCCUGUCAAUCCGACUGGUUCGGUGCCUGAUACGGGGGCCACGCCGCAGGUCGGCGCUGAUGAUGAUUCUGAACAUGCGGUUAGGAUGGCGUUGCAGUUGGCGCCGUGGAUUGAUCAGGAUGAAAGUGAUCCCCUAUGGAUGCCCGACUUUGAGACGCUGGAGAAUUUGUCUGGGACCUUUUGGAGUAAUCCUGACACAAGGCUUUUUGAUGCUCUGUGA